UUCCCAUGCAUGCGCGCGGAACAGAUGUCAUGAGCACGAACCGCCAAGGGCCGGAAGGAGUUAAAACUGCUGAUUGAAUAAGAGGAUACUGAUUCCGCUUCGGGCAGCGGGGCGGCCCCGGCAGCACCAGAAUCAAUGACCUGUUAAUGAGACAGACAGGCAAGCAGACACACAUACAUACGAUCAUCACACGUUCGCACGCACGUACUCACGCACGCAGGCAGACGGAGCAGUGCACGCGCACGCGAUCACAUACGGAGGCUUUUAUUGUGACAUGGCUGCUGCGCUGUAGCAUGAAGGCAAAGUGAAUGAUCCUGUUUCUCUAAAUGAUUAUCCAGACCAGAGGGGAGACAAGGGAAAAGAGAGAGAGAGAAAAAAGGCUACGAUCUUGAUCCGGGCAUUUGACACGAUCCUGCAGCGGCUCUAGAGACCUCCAGGAAGAGCAGCGAGCACCAAAAGCUGACCGAAUCGCCCUGGGCACUGGCUCUUAACGACCGGACAGCGCAAAUAAAAGAGCGGCGCUGAGAAAAGGGCACAAAAAGAGAGAGCGAGCGAGAGAGCGAAAGAGAGAGACGCCCGUGGAAGAAAAAAAAAACAGGAGGAUCUGGAGGCGAUCGAGAGGGAGCUGGCAGCUGUGAGGCGCGCCUGGCGCCAGUCUCUCGUCUGAUUCGGGGGCAAAGUGAAAGUGAAAGACGGCGCGCGGGAGGGAACAAGCAGCCGGCAGCAUGGUACGCCUUGUGAUCAAUUCAACGGGGCACACAGCGAUGGGCAGCCCGCAGUAGCCUCGGCUGGGCAGUCAGAAGAGAGACGGAUACAAUACGUGCCGGCGCGGACCGGCUUUGAAGGCCCUGCAGCUGGCAGUGCAACCCGGCACCCGAACGGAGGAGCUGGCAACACAGUUCUGACGCGCUAGGAACGACCUGACCCUAAAGCCUGACGCCGAGGAUUCUACAGAAUAGCCCAUAAGCAGAGGGGAUCUAGUAAGACUAUCCAUCGCGUUGGCAAGAAGGGCCGGUAGUAAAAGUCCAGCAUCUUGGCACUGACCAAAGUCAUCCCUGCAGAUGAGUAUUUAGCAUUACAGCACCUUGCCAGAGAGACCCUAAUAAAACCCUUCAGCACCUUAGCAAGUAGUGCAAUUUAGUGUCUUCAGCAACACAACGUGUCUUGGGGAGCAAUCCAGUAACUUGGUGAAGGGGUCCCGCAGGCGGGCAUCAGCACACAAUUUCCAGAUGAGGUCAGCAAGACUCGCUCUUCAGGCUGCAGACUGAGGGGGGUGCUCCAGCCUGGUGGUCUACCUCCCUCCCCCAAGUCUCAGCCAGUCAGAUGCACCCAGACAAUAAACUGAAUAAUCAUGGCAAGCAAGUGAGCAGCAGUGGCCAGUCUCAGCACCAGAAUGUAACCCAGGGUCCUGCCUGUAGCCUGGGGUCUAAGGGCAUCAGGUCAGGAGGUCAUGGCAGCAGCAAGGUCGCACAGGUCUCUCCUGGCAACGCUGGGCUGAAGAGCAGUGGCCAGUCGGUGUCGGGCGUGGGGGCUCUGAAGGGCCGGGCCAAGCGUGAGCGCAGCAUCUCGGUGGACUCGGGAGAUCAGAGGGAGGCUCUUGCCUCCGCCGGCGAAUCUGAGCUCAAAGUAGAAGGCGUCAUGCGCAGGAAAAGGCGCUGUGUGCUUGAGAAGAAGCAGCCCUACAGCGGGGAUGAGUGGUGUUCGGGGGCAGAGAGCGAGGAAGAGGAGGAGAAGCCGCUGGCAGCCGCGCUCCGAGACCCCUUGGUUUCUGUCCCUCCUCAGGCAGGCCCAGGCGCAAACGCACUCUCAGGCCUUGCAGAAUCGGGUUCUUCCACAGCAGAGCUGGGGACUGGGCUUCUUUCAGAACUGGGAUCUGCCACCAAGCCCAUGCAGCAAAUUGUCUAUGUCUUCACUACCAAUCUCGCCAACAGCGCUGCAGAGGCUGUAAUCCAGGGGCGGGCAGACUCUAUCAUUGCAUUUCACCAGCAGAAUGUCCCACGGGCAAAGCUUGAACAGCACCCUUUUCCAAUCAGCAAGGCCCCUAACCUGCAAGAGCAAGUUAGCGUAGGUACGCCUCCUGGAGGCACCCCAAAAUCUCAGAGUGCUACCCCCCAGCCAGCCUCUGUGGGAGCAGCAGUUCAGCACAACCCCCUUGGCACCCCACUGUCAGCUGGGCCCCCCGGACACUACAGAGGAGCCUCACAAAGAGAUGUCCCCUCCAUCUGCCACAGGAGGUGGUGCCAAUGGCCCGACUGCCUCCUCGGGGAACGGCCUGCAGGCAAGGGCAGGGGAUCUUGCAGGUGGGCCUGUAACGUCACCUCCUCCCCACCUAGGAGACUCCAACCCUGGUUCUGGAAGUGGCACAGUGCUGCGUCCAGGAGCAGGCCGGGCAACGCAGAGGGUCUUUCCAAGGAGCAACUUGAACACCGAGAGCGCUCCCUGCAAACACUGAGAGAUAUUGAGCGCCUACUGCUGCGCAACAACAUGGCUGCGGGUACAGACAUGAGUAACAACACUGGCGCAGGUGGGGCCGAGGACUUAGGCCAACAGGACCCUCCACCGCCAAUGCACCUGGGCCCACCUUCUAAUUCCAGCCAGCCAAGUAACAAGAAGUAUGAGGAGCCAUUGCAAUCCAUGCUGUCCCAGACACAGAACCUGGGUGUGUGCAUGGAUGAGGGCCCCAUGGGACCCCAUAUACACCCACAUUGCCUGCCGCCUCACUCCUCUCCCUCUGCUAUGGACAUGGGCCUUAUGAUGGGACCUGAAGGCCUGACCCCUGAACAGAUAGCCUGGCGCAAGCUGCAGGAUGAGUACUACCAGGAGAAAAGGCGCAAGCAGGAGCUACAUGUUCAUCCUAGGAUGGGAGCAGGGGGAGGUCCGGAAAUGGGACUCAUAAUGCGGGGGCCCCCACCCCCCUAUCAUAGUAAAGCUGGGGAGCCGUGGCCCCCCGGAGGUCCUGGAUCCCGCUUUAUAGAAAUGCAGCACGAAGGAUCAAGGGGGCCACGCUUCCACCCGGGCACCCAGAUGUCAAGAAUGCCCGUAGGACCCAGUGGUGGCUUUGGAGGUAUGCCCUUGGAGACCAUGGGGCCCAUACAACGGACACCUGGCCGAGCGGGCAUCCCCUGGAUUGAUGACAUGCCUCCUAUGGGAGGCCCACCGGGCAGUUUCCCAGCAUACCCCGGGCAGCAUACGGGUGACCCACGGGUCCGGGAAGAAGUAUUCCGUAUAAUGGAGAAGCGGCAGCUGCAUGGGCUGCAGAGACACAUGGGUGUGACCCUGGAGAUGGAGAGGAUGGCCCAGCAGCAGCAGCAAGUGCCCGUUGGAAGUGUGGGGGAUCCGAUUGACUUCCCAGGGUCUCGUGCUAUGCUGGACUCCCCCAUGGCUCACUCAGGAGGGCCUCCUAUGGACAUCAGCCUGAGCUUACUUUCCCAAAAGAUAAGAGGAGGUGGAGUGGGGGGCCCUAUUGGUGACAUCAUGAGCCCGGAAGAGAUUACAAGACGUCCUCCUCCACAAAAUGGCAUGGGUAGUAUGAUGGCUGCCGCAGGGCCCAGCAGUAGUAAUAAAAUGAUCUCGGGGGGCUCACCCUUUCCUAAUCAAGGACCUUUUUCUGGAGAAACAGGGGGCUACCAACCCCAGGACAUGGGCAACCCUAAUGUAGCUCAACCCCAGGACUUGUUCGCCUCUGACCAGCAGGGGCCUCCGAUGCCCAUGAGUCUCACGUCUCGUUUAAGCCACAUGCCAAUGCAGAGCCAUGGCUCCAGGACUGGAAAUUUUGGGGGACGUAGGUCUUCGGAUCUUACCAUUACUAUCAACCAAAUGGACUCUCCAGGAAUGGCCCACCAACUGAAAUCCCCCCCCUUAAAUCACACUCAUUCUCCAAUGGCUUCCCCGUCCACUUCUGGACUCAAGUCUCCUCAGCUGACAUCUCUAGGAGGUGGGGGACCCCAAAAUUCUGGCCCACCUUCUGCUUCAAUAAAGUCCCCACAGGUGAUGGGACCCUCAUCGCUUGGAGUCCGCUCACCGUCGGGUUCCCCAAACCGCCUGAAGUCCCCUUCAGUGCCCACACCCUCUCCCGGGUGGACCUCUUCACCAAAGACUGCAGUGGGCAGCCCGGGACUUACCCAGGCAAACAAAUCAGGGGGUGGUCCAAGCGGGAACACCAUGGACUCGGGUGUACUUCCUCCUCGGAGCAAUAACUUGAUCUCUCUCAGCCAGCCGGGUGCUAUCAAUCCCAGCAUGCCCUUCACCUCCUCCCCAGAUGCUGCACCUUCCCAGAAUCCUUUGUCACUCAUCAUGUCCCAGAUGUCCAAAUAUGCUAUGCCCAGCUCAACGCCUCUGUACCAUGACGCCAUCAAAACCAUUGCCACCUCGGAUGAUGAGUUGUUGCCUGAGCGCCCCCUGCUGCCAGGCUCAGCCUCUUGUUUUCACUCUUCUCACUUUCUGUAUUUUUUCUUUUUCUCAUGCCAGGAGGAAACCACCUGCCACCUCAGCUGCACCUACCACCCCACACUUCUGCUGACCUCCCAAAGCCCCAUGGGAAUGGGCCACCCUGGGCAACCUCCACUAUCCCAUGAUCCCACAGGACCCAUGAUGCCUUCCCCUCCUAUGAACUUGGCGCCCAUGAACGCUAUGCUAAUGUCUGCUGGAGCCCAAGAGCCAGCAGGCCCCAGGAAUGGCUCUCCCAUGCUCUCCCAAGGCCAAAUAGGUGGCUUUCCUAGACUCCAGCCUCCCCAGCCGGGGCCCAUGCAGUCUCCAGGCCUAGGACUGGCCCAGCCAUUCCACCCAGGGAUGUCUCUUCCACCACCCGAUGAUGACUUGCCCCCCCAGGCUGGACAGAUGCCCCUCCUCGGGAAGAACCUGCCACACUCUCGCGCCCCUUCGGACCCAUAUCCACCCAUGCCACAGGGAGUAGCUUCAGUCCUGGGUGACCCAGACCUGAGUGAAGUUAUCCGCCCCACUCCCUCCGGGAUCCCGGAAUUUGACCUGUCCCGAAUCAUCCCGUCUGAAAAGCCCAGCAGCACCUUACAGUACUUCCCGAAAUCUGAACCACGGCAGCCACACAAGCCCCCACAGGUGCCACCCUCCAAUCCUCACCUUAUCAAUCUUCAGAACAUGAUGGUGGAGCAGCAGAGCCUUCCCCCUCCUUCCCGGCCGGGUCUAGGCCUCCCUGUAAUGCAAGGCCAAAGCCCAGGACCUGGGGCACCUAGAAACAUGGCUGGACUGCCAGUGUGCCACCCUGGACAUAUGAUGAGCAGGACAGGUAUGCCACCACCUCAGCAAAGCAUGAUGGGAAAUAAUCUACACCCACAUCAUGGGAUGAUGUCGCCCCACCAACAGAGCCUCCUGAUGAUGCAGGCCAAGCAGCGCAGUGUGUCCAUGUCGGGGGACAUGUAUGGACCACAAGGGCCUCUGAUGGGCCCGCCGCAGCCUGGCAUGAUGCGACACCGCAGUGUUUCACUGGAUGGUUAUGGGCCCGGUGGUAUGGCCAACCUGCCUUUCUGAAGACACCUUCCACGUGUGUGCCCACUUGUAGUGCUCUUCUUUAUGUUGUCACUGUAAUUUCUCAUACUCUCGUUAAUUAGAAUAUUUGAAUUUUUCAAAUGGACAAAACGAGAAUAAAGUAUUCGGGUAACCUUCCCAUGUGCCCGGGACUGCAGGCCACUGAGGCUCCCAUUUUAUUGUUUCGUCUUGUGAAGCCUAAAGAAAGCCUUUGAACCCUCAAGCGGCCCUCCUUGCGCUUUCCUUCCCUAAACCCACUUUCUCUGAGGUGCCAGGCUGGACAAGAAGCCUGCUCUGUCAUGCCAUGGUUGCCACCUGCUGGUUACUGCGGAGAGCGAGUGAGAGAGAAAUGUAAAGGAAAUUGUGACGCCUCUCUGUUUCCAUGGCACCUAUCAAUCGGGGGACUGCCCACCUAGUCUGAUGCAGUGCCUGUGUGCCCUUUGAUGGAUUGUGCCAGCAUUGGGCACUCCAGCAGGACAGGAUUCCCAAUUUUCCAAUUUUUUUUUUAUUCCGCCUGGCACGAAACGAGGGUAGUCACUCUGUUUCCAGUUGUUGGCACAGAUGACACUUCUUCAAAGUUCUUUUGCUUUGCUUUUCUAAUAAAAUGUGAGAGAACC